UAGAGAUCUAAAGCACUGGGGCAAAAGGCUCCAGCUUCCCACCUAGAUUCUCUAUACGCUUGUGCCUCCUCUGCAGAAAAGGUAAGCUGCUCCUUCCUGGUGGCAGGCGAGUGGGUGGGAAAAGGCUGGCGUGGGGGGAAAGGUUUUAAGGGACUUGCAGAGGAGCAAACCAGGGUUUCAUUCUGGAGACAAGGUAGCAGGACAGAGUGCUAGGCUGAUAGGAUUAGCACCUGACAUUGCAUUGCAUUCUUUUAUUUCAUUUCUGUUCCACCCUUUCUCCCAAAGGAACCCAAUAUCAAAUAUGGUCUUGAAAGACCUACAUUGGCUCCCUGUACAUUUCCAAGCACAAUUCAAAGUGUUGGUGCUGAGCUGUAAAACCCUAAACGGCCUCGGUCCUGUACACCUGAAGGAGCGUCUCCACCCCCAUCGUUCUGCCCAGACACUGAGGUCCAGUGCCGAGGGCCUUCUGGUGGCUCCCUUGCUGCGAGAAGCCAAGUUUCAGGGAACCAGGCAGAGGGCCUUCUCGGUAGUGGCACCCGCCCUGUGGAACGCCCUCCCACCAAAUGUCAAAGAGAAAAACAACUACCAGAUUUAGAAGAUAUCUGAAGGCAGCCCUGUUUAGGGAAGCUUUUAAUGUUUAAUAGACUAUUGUAUUUUAAUAUUCUGUUGAAAGCUGCUCAUAGUGGCUGGGGAAACCCAGCCAGAUGGGCGGGGUAUAAAUAAUAAAUCAUUAUCAUCAUCAUCAUCAUCACAUUGAUCAGACCUGUGAGGGUUCCUUGUGCAAAUGAACUUGGCAGUGUAGCAGAGAGUCGUGGCUUACGGAGAGCUUGUCCACAUUGGAGGAAAAUGUGGAUUUGAACCAGCCUGCCUCCCCAUUAAUGUGGGCAGGUCCGUAUGACACCCCCCCCCCUUGCCCCAGUGUUCUCCUGAACCUUUCCCUCUUUUAAAUGUGAGGUAUUCCCAUCCUUGGAAACCUCAACGUGGAAGAACCCCCCACUUGAAGUGGGAAAGGUCUGGAACAACCCUGGGUUGGAAUCAAAUUUUGUUAUGACGCUGUCAAUCGUUGAGCUGUUUUAACUGACAUUUGUGAGAGAGUCCUCCAAUGGGCUUGAAGGGUCUUGAUUUGCUUCUUAAACACCACACACAGUGGAAAGUAUCUUCCAUCCUUCGGCUUAGCGUUCUGUUUGUGAUGGAGCUUCCUGUCUCACAUUUGUUUGUUUUAAGCCAGCUCAGACAGCUCCAUAGGGGACUCUGACCUGCGGAGCAUGUUCCCUUUAGAUGGUAGGGUUCAUCCGCUUCCUCUUUCCCCCAGGAAAAAAAAGGCUCUUUACCCCUUCAUUCAGGCAUAGGCAAACUCGGCCCUCCAGAUGUUUUGGGACUACAACUCCCAUCAUCCCUAGCUAACAGGACCAGUGGUCAGGGAUGGUGGGAGUUGUAGUCCCAAAACAUCUGGAGGCCUGCCUUAAUUGGAUCAAAUGGCAUUUCAGGUUUUCUCUGGAUUGACGUUUGCUCUGAUUGAGAGGUAAAGAGCGGUUUUCCCCGUGGAAAGGAGCUGGGCAAGGAGAAAUCUGCUGGGACCUGUGCUUUCUAGGCAUGAAACACGGAUGAGCCCAUAAAAGCAUUUCCCCCCCUAAAUGCUCCUUAUUCAUUCUCUCCCACCCCCACCGUUUCUGGUUCUGGGUAUUGAAGGUUUGCACCAAGGGUGGAGCAACUGUUGGUGGACUACGAUUCCACUAGCCACGGCAGCUGGGGCUGAUGGAAGUUUAGAGUUUCAACAACAUCUGGGGAGCCACCAGCUCCCUUACCCUCAUUUUCCUCUGCUCUGUUUUCCCAGGAGGCAGAUGAUAGGCGAGCUGUUUUUUCCGGCCUCCUUCCCUUCUGAAAACAUUCUGCUGCUUUCAAUCUUGGAAAGAGCAGCAAAUGAAAAAUGACAAGCAAGUGGGUGGGUGGGUGAGCUGCCACUGGGAGAAAGGGUUCCAGCCUCCUCUUCUUAAAACCGCCUUCUUUCAGCCAAACAAUGUGCUCCUGAUGAAGGGAGGAAGCACUUCUGGUGCCCAGGGGCAGCUCUUGGUCCUAUCCGUAUCAGACUUUUAAAGCAUGUGACUUUUCCCAAAGAAUCCUGGGAACUGUAGCAGAGUAGAGUAAAGUAGUUUGGAUUUGAUAUCCCGCUUUAUCACUACCCGAAGGAGUCUCAAAGCGGCUCACAAUCUCCUUUCCCUUCCUCCCCCACAACAAACACUCUGUGAGGUGAGUGGGACUGAGAGACUUCAGAGAAGUGUGACUGGCCCAAGGUCACCCAGCAGCUGCAUGUGGAGGAGCGGGGAAUCGAACCCGGUUCACCAGAUUACGAGACUACUGCUCCUAACCACUACACCACACUGGCUCCCUGUACUGUAGCGUACCUGCCGCAGACCUGCAGCUCCCAGCAGCCUUAACAAGCCACAGCUAAUGUGAUUUUAAAGCUAUGUUAAUUAAAGGUGUGGUAUUCCUGUGCCCCUGGAACCUGAUCCAAAGGGCUUUGGAGCUCAGGGCCCCUAGACCAUCUCAUAAAAAUAUGAGUGCCAGAUGUUUCUCAGUUUCCUCCUUUCAACAGGACUUCCAAUGAAUCUGUCCAACAUGUAUCGGCCCUCGCUGCCUCCCAAGGCCUUCUUGACUUUCGUCGGCUUCCUGCUCCUAUGCCAUGGAUCGGAAGGGCGCUUGCUGCCCAUGGCAAAGCCCAGGGAGAAGGCUUCUGAAGACCACCCACUGACCUCUGACUCCACCUCUGUUCCUCUCCGCAUCUUCCUGAGCUCCAUCUCCCCCAAAUCCCCCCAUUUGCCCCAAAAGGGGGUUUCCUGCGAGGACUUGAUGCCUGAAGCCCUGGACGGUUUUGCUGAUGUGCCUGAGCUCUCCCAGACCCUCAUCCGAGCUGCCUUAGUGCUGGCCCUGCAAAGGGCAGGCUGUAGCCGGCAUGCGGAAACCCUCAUCCUGCGCCUCUACAAGGAGUUGGGACAGACAGAUACGGAUGACCUCCUGUUUGCGAUGGCCAGGACUCUGAACACCACUCGCUCCCCUGGUCAGAGGAAGAGCAGCACUGCCUUGAGAUGCUUCUUGAACCUGCAGGCGCAAACACUGGUCCGGCACUGCCAGGAUCUGGUGCCGGUGAACGGAUCCUUCCUGCACGGCAAAGAAUACAGAGUCUACCGGGGCUUUGGGAUGGCUUCCAGAGCCUGUUACCGCCUACGGGAUUCUUGUGCUGGAGUGUCCUCUAAUGGCAGCAGUUUGUUCCAUGUAGUGGCACGAGAGGGUAGCUAUCUCUUGCCCCAGCGUGGUGCCUACACCUGGCUCCAUAAGUGCCACGGGCCUCCAAGAGGCCGACGUUCCACCCCGGACAACUGUACUAGUGAGACGGAGCAAAAAGUCCAUGCAGUCGUGAACUGGAUUCCUGGAGUCAGCACCGCCUACAACCUUGGAACCACCAUUUACUUUGCGGCCAAGGACUGCAAGGAGCUGGCAGAGGAACGUGGUAUAGAUACCAUUGUAGAUGUCAGCCAGGAUACACUGCUCGCAGUGACAGGCGGGGCAGGCAGCGUUUGGGGGAUGGGGAUUUCUGCAGCUCUAAAGCCGGCGGUCCGAAGCGGUGUGCAUUCUUUGAUACGCUACUUCCGAGAGAAGGAAGAGCCUUAUCCUGUCCCCUUCAAUCUCUCAGGCCCCGUCACCGCCAUCUAGUUGCAACAAAGCGCCUUCUCUUCUCAAUCAAGCGUUUCUUGCUAUAAAAUUGUAUGAUCAGUCUGUUAUUUGUAGCAUGCUUUUGCAUACUAGAUAUUGUACUAAACAAAAUCUGCCCUUAUUCCCUUAUGGGGGACACAAGAGCCCUUAUAGAGUCCUUUGUAGGUUCUCCAUCGGUAGGAGAAAAUAACAGAGGCCAACCAGAGAACAUUGAGAAGCAAAGCAGCUCGUAAGCCUGAUCUUUAUUGAACUGUUGCAAGAGGGCGCUCCCCUCACACGCAGGAAAGGAGGAGGACCCAGAACCAAGGUGUGCCUGCCCUUAUAUAAACAUUUUAAAUUCCCUACCCUGGAGCUCAAUACAACCCCUCCAUACAUCAUACAUACAUCACAGAAGGAGCGUAACCCAAGGCCAUGCCCCACAAACAUCAUACCUACAUCACAGAAAAGGUGGUCUACAACAGAAAUUUGAAUUCUUAAUCCAUUCUAGAAGUCUGUUCCAAAACCAAAGCGUUCCAAAACCAAGGGGCGCUUUCCCAUAGAAAGUAAUGGAGUCAUCCUUUUAAACACAACCCCUAAAACAGCAAUUUAACAUGAAUUUUCCUAUCUGACAAGAACAAUGAUCCAUAAAAUGAAAGCAAUAAUCAAUGUACUGCAGUCACACAAUCAAUCAAUCAAUCAAUCAAUCAAUCAGUAGCUGAACUGGGCACCACACGGUCACAAAAACAAAACAAAAAAGAGCUGCAGAAACAAAAACGCAAAAUAAAUAGCAAAAACAGACAGACCUCAGUGUAACACUCAAAACGGAAGUGCGGCACUCAAAACGGAGCACGUUCAGCUUCCGAAAAAAGUUCACAAACUGGAACACUUACUUCUGGGUUUGCAGUGUUUGGGUUCCAAGUUGUUUGAGUACCAAGGCAUUUGAGAACCAAGGUUUCACUGUAUCUAGUAUUUGGGCAUAGAGGUUUUGCAUCUUGCAGUGGGUCUUAUGGAGACUUUUAGGAGGGGUUGGCAUUUAUGCCCGAGCAGAUUUUUUGAGCACCAGAUACAUUUGUUUCGUAUUCAUUUCCUCCUUCAUUUCUUCUUGUCUGCCUUGCAUCUCAUAAUGCAGUCCCUUCUUGCAAGCUUUCUCCCUCCCUCUCGCACUUGCUUGCUUCCUUUUCCUCAUUCCCUGUAAAAAUAAUUGCACGCAAAUCUUUGGGCUUAUUCUACCCAUUUAGAACAGGCGUUUGAUAGCAUUUGCAAUCUGGAAAUGCGGUGCUUCCUGCAACAUGCUUCUUCCACCCUUCAGCCGCCCAGAAUCGCCUGCACUCAAAGCGUGUGGGAAUUGCUAUCAGAAUGAAGCGCCACCACGCUAAUUUCGAUUGUGGUUUGGAGAAGGCCAUUGUCAUCGCUCCCAUUUCUGGUCAAAUGUCACCCUCGGCAGAUGCAGUGGGUGGGUGUGCAGUUAUGCAAAUAUAUAAGAAUUGGAAAUAAACGGUCAAAGGUCGCUUAUAGAUGAACCACUCUUGCCAGAAUUGUUCCCUCUUAUUUCCGAUGUUCAGGCUAUGAGUGCCGUCGUGUGAGGAGCGGAAAUGGCACCACCCACACAUAAGAUAGAGUUAUC